CAUUGUUGAAAAUCAAGGUCGUUCUCUGGAGUUUUAUACAUUAAGGACGACUUGUUGAACAACUUCAUCUUCUUUUCUUUUCGGGGAAAUUGCAUAAGUAGGAAAAUGUGCUCAUUCAAAUCUAGUGGUUGACGGACUUUACAGUGACAAGUCAACGCAACAAUGGCCUGGUACUCCUUAUCUUUAUUUCCUUCAAAUGGUAUCAUUUUACAAUUCACACACAGAAAACAAAAGAAGAAUAUACUUUGUAAUCUGUAUUUAGUUUCUGCUAAAACAAAAAAAAGUGAAUGUCUUCUUCUUAUUCUUUUUUGUUGGCCGGAAGAGAGUUGGAUGUGUUCUUGAGUUUCAGCGGUAAGAUAGCUCUUGACGUUAAUUUCGGCUAUGAUUUGUCUCGGAAUGGCAUCAAAGCUUUUAAAUCAGAAAGCUGGAAGGAGAGUAGCUUCAAACCAAUUGAUCAACGAACACUUGAAGCUUUGACAGAGUCCAAAGUUGCAGUUGUCAUGACGUCUGAUGAAGAAGCUUCUUCAGUUGGGUUCCUUGAAGAGCUCAUUGUAAUUGUUGAGUUUCAAGAGAAACGUUCACUCACUGUCAUACCAAUCUUCCUCACAAAACACCCUUUGGAUGUGGAACAAGUCUCUCAGAUAUUUCCGGAGAGGGCCAUAAUUUGGAGGACUGCAAUUGCCAAACUGGACAUCAUAGCUGCACAGUACUCGUUUUCUCGGAAUCUUGCGGUGAUGCACGGAACACACCGGAUCAAGCAAAUUGCUGAUGACAUUAGGCUUAUGUUUCUGUCCUCUGCAUCAAGCGAUUUCAAAGGCCUUGCAGGAAUGGAUCGUCACAUGAAAGCAUUUUAUGCGUUGUUGGCUUUGGAAUCUGACAAAGAGGUUCGUACCGUUGGCAUUUGGGGUAGUGCAGGUGUGGGGAAGAAAACGCUUGCAAGGUACACUUAUGCAGAGAUCUCUGUUAAAUUUCAGGCGCAUGUUUUCCUCGAAAACGAACCGUCGGAAAACUUUGAAGGGGAACAUCUUACAAAUUUGGAUCACGAGAUGAAUGAAAUGGCCGAAGCAAAGAAAAAACACCGGAAAGUUCUUUUGAUAGCUGAUGGUGUGAAUAACAUUGAACAAGGGAAGUGGAUCGCUGAGUACGCCAACUGGUUUGCUCCAGGAAGCAGAGUCAUUCUAAUCGCUCAAGAAAAAAGUUUGCUUGUGGAAUCUGGAGUGAAUCAUGUGUAUGAAGUUGGUUCUUUAAGAUAUGAUGAAGCUCUCCAACUCUUCUCACGUUUUGCUUUCACGCAGUCAUAUCCUCCUCCUGAUUUCGAACGCCUCUCGGUUCGUGCUGUCCAGCUUGCAGGGUUUCUUCCUGUGGCCAUUAGACUGUUUGGUUCGUUUUUAAAUGGUAGAGAUAAAGAGGAAUGGGAAGCUACACUGCUUAAACUCAAUGCAAAGCAAGGUAAAGACAUAACGGAAGUGUGGAAGAUUAUGGAGGCAUUAGAAGAUAAAGAUAUCGUGGAAGCAUCAGAAACAUAAACACCUACAUACAAGUAUGAGGAAUCACCUGUAUAGUUUACUAUUCUUCCAACAAAUGAUAGCCAGAAAAAUAAAUUGAUAAUUUAAAAACAUUGCCAAUGUAAAAUAUAUCAUUUAUUUUUCUGGUAUAGACGUGGAGAAAUUAAGAAAUUAAGUAAUAGCCGAGAUAUGUAGAUCUUGAAAAAAAUAUUUUUAUCAAUAAAAAUAAG